GUCUGUUUUUCUAUGCUUCCGAUUUGAGAAGAAUGGACCUGUAGUUGGAGUGGAAGAAGAAAACUUAAUGUGCACUAGUCCUGAUAAACCCGUAUGUCAUGUGGGAGGAAAAUAAUUUGGCAGAGCCGAGCGUUUGCCCUGACCGUGAAGAAAGUCCCGCAGAAGACACUUUUGGAUUUGGAGAUGAUCUGGAGUUAAAUCAGUUCGAUGGAUUGCCCUUUUCCUCGCGUUACUACAAGUUACUGAAGGAGAGGAAAACUCUGAGUGUGUGGAAGGUCAAAUGUCAGUUUGAGGAUGCUCUGGCAAACAACCAGCUGGUUAUUGUGUCCGGGGCAGCAAAGACUGGCAGGAGUACACAGAUCCCUCAGUGGUGUGCAGAGUUCUGUCUGUCUGUCCAGUAUCAGCAUGGUAUGGUUGUGUGCACUCAGACCGACAAACAGCAGGCUGUAGAUCUGGCCUUGCGUGUCGCUGAUGAAAUGGACGUCAACAUAGGCCAUGAAGUUGGUUACACCAUCCCUCUGGAGACCUGCUGCUCCUCUGACACUGUUUUGAGGUACUGCACUGAUGAUAUGUUGCUGAGAGAGAUGAUGUCUGACCCUUUUCUUGAGCACUACGGGGUCAUAAUCAUUGACCAGGCCCAUGAAAGGACGGUUAGCACAGACAUUCUGCUGGGUCUCCUCAAGGACAUCCUGCUGCAGAGGCCUGAGCUCAGGGUGGUGGUUCUCACUGUGCCGCCCAUGACCGACAAGCUUCUGAGGCACUACGGCAGUGUCUUGCAUAUCAGUCUAGAGUCCUCAUGCACUGCUGAAGUUGUCCACAGCAACAACGGCAACAAAGACUACUUCUACUCAGCACUGAGACUCGUGCUGGAGAUCCAUCGGACCAAAGAGGGUGGAGAUGUUUUCGUAUUUUUAGGCUCAGCUGAGGAGGUCCACUGUGCCUAUAGUAUCCUCCAAAGAGAAGGGACCAGGUUGGGUGGACAGUUGGGACAAAUGGUACUUGUAGUCCUGUGCUCAGGCCAGGGAGGGCUACUUCCUGUCCUGCCUGAGCAGUCAUGCUCCACAAAGUCCAGAAAGGUUUUUCUCAGUACCCGUCAAGGCGAGGAUGCAUGGUGGCCUACAGAGUCUGUCAAAUUUGUCAUUGACACGGGAGUCCAGAAGAAAAUGGUGUACAAUCCGAGAGUAAGAGCUAGCUCAGAGGUUCUUCAACCCAUCAGUCAAUGCCAGGCAGACAUUCGCAAGCAGCUGUCUGGACCAUCAGGUAAAUGCUUCUGCCUGUAUCCAGAAGCAAGCCCAACUUCUGCAGAGAACUCCCCACAGAUCUUGGAGUCCAACAUUACACCGACAGUUCUUUUCCUCAAAAGGAUGGAGAUAGCAGGCCUUGGACAGUGCAGUUUCAUCGACAGACCAGAUCCAGAGGGUCUCAUGCAGGCGCUGGAGGAGCUCGAUUACCUUGCAGCUUUAGACGACGAUGGCAACUUGUCUGAAAUUGGCAUCAUAAUGUCUGAAAUCCCUCUGGAACCUCAGAUGGCCAAAGCGCUGCUAGCAUCCUGCGAGUUUGACUGUGUGAGUGAGAUGCUGACAAUCACAGCCAUGUUGUCAGCACCAAGCUGCUUUGUGGAGCCGCCUGCUGCCAUGAGCCACGAGGCAGUCCAGUGUCACAGAAAGUUCCAGCACCCUGAAGGAGAUCACUUCACCCUCAUAAACAUCUACAAUGCCUACAAACAAAACCAGAGAGAACAAUGUAAGACUCAGUUUCUGAGAUAUUCAGACCAGCCCGUCAGGUUCAUUGAAAUUGCACCACUGUACUUCUUCUACAAUCUGCCCCCUAGCGAAAGCAAAGAUAUACUGCAAGACAUGUUGGACCCACAGGGAUCCAAAAACCGCAAAGAAAAGAAACAGGAAGCUGCAACAAUAAGUGGUGACGUAAACAGUGGCUGUGCAGCAGUGACACAGACCUAUGACAGAUGUAUGAUUCAGUAAACUGAAAAUCACAAAUUUAGACUGCAAAUGCAUGAAUGCUUGUAAGACAUUUGUGUAAUUAAUACAGUAAAGCUUAAUUUAUUACAUUAAAUUACUCAUGUGUACUACCCAAUGUGCUUACAGUGCUGAGAAGGCAAAGAUGUCUGUGUUGUAAAUAUAGAAAAGUUUGCAGUUUAAUAGUUGUGAUCUAAAAACAAUGAGUGAGGGGGUUUUCCGCAACACUGCUUAGGUGUGGACUUUAUGCGCACUGUCAUUUGAUAUACCUUCACAUCCAAGGAUCUGAUUUUAAAGCUGAAAUACGUAUGAAACAACUUGCUCAGAAUAACUGUGCUUUGCCCAUUUAUCUUAGAAUGUACAUCAAGAAAAGUCUGCUCUUGAAGGGAUGAAACGUGUAGCUGAGUGUUAAAAACCACUCAUUUGCUCUGUAGCCAUUACUCCCAUUCUUCUGUUUACAACUUAACACCAAGCUCAUCUCAUUUUGAAGUCUUCCUAUAAACACCCUUUGAUACGCAGUUGCAUGUAGUUUCUUCCAGUAUUCAAGUAUGUGAUUAUUCCCUAUGUCUUUACAAUUUGUACAAACUGUCUUUAAAAUUUCUAAAAACGGGUAAACUAUCGCCCUACAUAUUCUAAAUAUGAAUACACGCAUCCCUAAAGCCAACUGUACAAAAAUUGAAUAUAUUGAAUGUUUUUCAGAAGCUUGAAAGCUGUCACUGUGUCCAUAGGUGUCUUGGUUUAUUGUGAAGGUCACACUGAUAGAUAUUCUUUGAGUUUCUCCAUGAUGGCAGGCAUUCUGUCUGUGGGUACCAGCAUCACAGUCCUGAAAGGCUUCAUGGGCACGUCCGUAAAUGACCACCUCCCACUUAAACAGGAGUCUGCCUCUUCUUGGACUGUGUAGUGGAACUUCAAGAUGGCUUGCUGUAAGGCAAACACGGAUCAGGCUUGAAAUCAGAGUAUAAAUAUAUUGAAUAGGUUAUCAGAUGGCUGUUUAAAUAUUUAUCAUGAGCUAACGAACUGCUGUAUUAUUACCCAGAUACUGUUAAGCAAGU